AUGUCGGGCUACGCAGGCGGAGGCCACUAUGACGAUGGCUAUGCCCAGCAGGGGCAGGCACAUGGUCAACCUCAUGGUGACUCCUACUACCAGGACGAACAUGCCCAGGGUUAUUACGACAACCAAGGAUACGGUGAUGGUUAUUACGACCAAGGUAAUGGCUACUACGGAGCGGAUGGUGGCCACGGCGCCGACGCCGCCCACGCGGAUGCCGGCCACGGUUACGCUGACGGAGGAUAUUACGAGGCCGGACACCAAGAUCAGUACUACGGCGCCGCCGGAGCCGGGGGCGAUCAGUACUACGACCAGGGACAAGGCCAACCACGCGGCCGUCGUGGCCAUGAUUCUGAGGAGGAUUCGGAGACCUUCAGCGAUUUCACGAUGAGGUCCGAGACUGCUCGUGCUGCGGACAUGGACUACUAUGGCCGUGGAGACGAACGGUACAACAGCUACUCGGACAGUCAGUACGGAGGGCCCGGUGGUGGUGGCUACCGUCCUCCUUCGUCCCAAAUCUCCUACGGAGGAAACCGAUCGUCUGGUGCUUCGACUCCUGUCUACGGAAUGGACUACGGCAACGCUCUUCCCGCCGGCCAGCGUUCUCGUGAGCCUUACCCUGCGUGGACAUCUGACGCCCAGAUCCCUCUCUCGAAGGAGGAGCUCGAGGAUAUCUUCCUGGAUUUGGUGAACAAGUUCGGUUUCCAGCGAGACAGCAUGCGAAACAUGUAUGAUCACAUGAUGACUAUGCUGGACUCUCGUGCCUCGCGUAUGACGCCAAACCAGGCACUUCUCUCCGUCCAUGCCGACUACAUCGGUGGCCACAACGCCAAUUACCGCCGCUGGUAUUUCGCUGCUCAUCUCGAUCUCGAUGAUGCAGUUGGUUUUGCCAACAUGAAGCUCGGUAAGGGCGAUCGGAAGACGCGGAAAGCCCGCAGAGCUGCAGCCAAGGCCGCGAAAAAGAACCCGGAGAACGAAGAGGAAACCCUGGAGGCUCUCGAGGGAGACAACAGUUUGGAGGCAGCCGAAUACCGGUGGAAAUCUCGCAUGAACCGCAUGUCCCAGCAUGACCGCGCCCGUCAAAUUGCCCUGUAUCUUUUGAUUUGGGGUGAAGCCAACCAGGUCCGAUUCCUGCCGGAGUGCAUCUGUUUCAUCUUCAAGUGUGCCGAUGAUUACUAUACCUCGCCGGAAUGCCAGGCUCGCGUUGAGCCGGUGGAGGAAUUCACCUACCUCAACGAGAUCAUCACUCCUCUCUACCAAUACUGUCGAGACCAGGGGUACGAAAUCAUGGACGGCAAGUACGUUCGUCGUGAGCAUGAUCACAAUAAGAUCAUUGGUUAUGAUGAUAUGAACCAGCUGUUCUGGUACCCAGAGGGUAUUGAGCGCAUCGCGUUCGAGGAUAAGACUCGCCUAGUCGAUGUUCCCAUCGGCGAGAGAUGGCCCAAGUUGAAGGACGUUGUCUGGAAGAAGGCCUUCUUCAAGACCUACAAGGAAACUCGCUCCUGGUUCCACAUGAUCACGAACUUCAACCGUAUUUGGGUUAUCCACCUGGGUUCCUUCUGGUUCUUCACUGCUUACAACGCCCCGACUCUGUAUACCAUCAACUACCAGCAGCAGGUUGACAACAAGCCAAGCACGCCCAAGUACCUGGCUGCCGUUGGUUUCGGUGGUGCACUUGUCUCCUUCAUUCAGAUUUUGGCCACCAUUUUCGAAUGGAUGUACGUUCCCCGUAGGUGGGCCGGAGCGCAGCACCUCCGAAAGCGCUUUAUGUUCCUCAUCAUCAUGUUUGUUAUCAAUCUCGCCCCUGGUAUCGUUAUUUUCAGCAUCUUGCCAGGGCUGAAAUUGGGCGAUUCAACCGAACACGGCAUUGGCCUCGCUCUUGGUAUUGUGCACUUUGUCAUUGCGAUCUUGACUGCUGCGUUCUUUGCAAUCCAGCCCUUGGGUGCCUUGUUUGGCAACUACAUGAAGAAAGGUGGGCGACAAUAUGUUGCCAGUCAGACCUUCACAGCUAGUUUCCCCCGUCUUUCUGGUAACGACAUGUGGAUGUCCUAUGGUCUUUGGGUCUGUGUGUUCGGUGCCAAGUUGGCAGAGUCCUACUUCUUCUUGACGCUCUCUUUCAAGGAUCCCAUUCGCAUCCUGUCUCCAAUGCAAAUCCACCAGUGUACUGGCGCGAAAUACAUCGGCAACACCCUUUGCCACCGACAGCCUCAAAUUCUGCUGGGCCUGAUGGCUUUCAUGGACUUGACACUCUUCUUCCUGGAUAGUUACCUGUGGUACAUUAUCUGCAACACAAUCUUCUCGGUGGCUCGAUCAUUCUACUUGGGUGUGUCCAUUUGGUCACCAUGGAGGAACAUUUUCUCUCGACUUCCCAAGCGUAUUUACUCCAAGGUCCUCGCCACGACAGACAUGGAGAUCAAGUACAAGCCCAAGGUCUUGAUCUCACAGGUUUGGAAUGCUAUUAUCAUUUCGAUGUACCGUGAACACCUUCUGGCUAUCGACCACGUGCAAAAGCUGUUGUACCACCAGGUUCCCUCUGAGCAGGAAGGCAAGCGCACCCUCCGCGCCCCGACCUUCUUCGUCUCACAGGAAGAUCAGUCUUUCAAGACUGAGUUCUUCCCCCAGGGAAGUGAGGCAGAGCGCCGUAUCUCGUUCUUCGCGCAAUCGCUCUCCACACCGAUGCCCGAGCCUCUACCUGUUGACAACAUGCCCACCUUCACCGUCCUGGUUCCCCACUACAGUGAAAAGAUCCUGCUCUCGCUCCGUGAGAUUAUCCGCGAAGAUGAGCCUUACUCACGUGUCACUUUGCUUGAAUACCUCAAGCAACUGCACCCCCACGAAUGGGAUUGCUUCGUCAAGGAUACCAAGAUUCUGGCAGACGAGACUUCGCAGUUCAACGGUGAUUAUGAGAAGCCCGAGAAAGAUGCCGCCAAGAGCAAGGUGGACGAUCUUCCUUUCUACUGCAUUGGUUUCAAGUCUGCCGCUCCCGAAUACACCCUCCGCACAAGAAUCUGGGCCUCCCUUCGAUCUCAGACCUUGUACAGGACUGUGUCUGGUUUCAUGAACUACAGUCGUGCUAUCAAGUUGCUUUACCGUGUUGAGAACCCCGAGGUUGUGCAGAUGUUUGGAGGAAACUCCGAGAAGCUUGAGCGUGAGCUCGAACGCAUGGCUCGCCGCAAGUUCCGCAUUUGCGUCUCGAUGCAGCGUUAUGCCAAGUUCAACAAGGAUGAACGCGAGAACACUGAAUUCCUGCUCCGCGCUUACCCCGACUUGCAGAUUGCAUACCUGGAUGAGGAGCCACCUGUCAAUGAGGGCGAUGAACCCCGCCUCUACUCGGCCCUGAUCGAUGGUCACUGUGAACUCUUGGAUAACAACCUGCGCAAGCCCAAGUUCAGAAUCCAGCUUUCCGGAAACCCGAUUCUCGGUGACGGAAAGUCUGACAACCAGAACCAUGCCAUCAUCUUCUACCGUGGUGAAUACAUCCAGCUCAUCGACGCCAACCAAGACAACUACCUUGAAGAGUGUUUGAAGAUUCGCAGUGUCCUGGCUGAGUUCGAGGAACUGACUACCGACAAUGUUUCUCCCUACACCCCUGGAAUUGCCUCGCCUGAGGAGGACCCCGUUGCUAUCCUGGGAGCCCGUGAAUACAUUUUCUCCGAGAGCGUGGGUAUGCUUGGUGAUGUUGCCGCCUCCAAGGAACAAACGUUCGGUACUCUCUUCGCUCGUACACUCGCUCAAGUCGGUGGUAAGCUGCACUAUGGUCACCCUGAUUUCCUCAACGCUACUUUCAUGACCACUCGUGGCGGUGUUUCCAAAGCCCAGAAAGGACUGCACCUGAACGAGGAUAUUUACGCUGGUAUGAAUGCCGUCCUGCGUGGAGGUCGUAUCAAGCAUUGUGAAUAUUAUCAGUGUGGUAAGGGUCGUGAUCUCGGUUUCGGAUCUAUUCUGAACUUCACUACGAAGAUUGGUACUGGUAUGGGUGAACAGAUGCUCUCCCGAGAGUACUACUACCUCGGUACCCAGCUGCCCCUUGAUCGCUUCCUCUCAUUCUACUAUGCUCACCCUGGUUUCCAUCUGAACAACAUGUUCAUUAUGCUUUCUGUGCAGAUGUUCAUGUUUGUCCUGAUCAACCUCGGUGCCUUGAAGCAUGAGACCAUCAUGUGCCGUUACAACUCCGACUUGCCCAUUACCGAUCCUCUUGUGCCCACUCUUUGCGCGAACCUGAUCCCAAUUCUUAACUGGGUCAACCGCUGUGUUAUCUCCAUUUUCAUUGUGUUCUUCAUCUCAUUUGUUCCUCUUGCCGUCCAAGAGCUGACAGAGAGAGGAGUGUGGCGCAUGGCUACCCGUUUGGCCAAGCACUUUGGUUCGUUCUCGUUCAUGUUCGAGGUGUUCGUCUGUCAGAUCUACGCCAACGCCGUGCACCAGAAUUUGUCUUUCGGAGGUGCACGUUACAUUGGUACUGGCCGUGGUUUCGCAACGGCUCGCAUCCCCCUUCGUACCACUACGGUCUGGACCCCCGCUCUGAUCUGGUUCUGGGUUUCUCUACUCGCACUGUGUAUCUCGCCCUUCCUGUUCAACCCUCACCAGUUUGCCUGGACCGACUUCUUCAUCGAUUACCGCGACUAUAUCCGCUGGCUUUCUCGCGGUAACUCCCGAUCCCAUGCUUCCUCUUGGAUUGGCUUCUGUCGUCUUUCCCGUACUCGCAUUACUGGUUACAAGCGCAAACUCCUCGGUGUGCCAUCGGAGAAAGGCUCCGGUGAUGUCCCCAGAGCUCGCAUCACCAACAUCUUCUUCAGCGAAAUCAUUUCCCCCUGCUGGGUGUUGGUGCCACACUGA